CGCCUGUCCUUCAAGUACGGCCUGCUUCCCCCGUCUUGCUUCUUUCUUUCUUCCUUCUCCUUCUCUCUCACAUUCCAUUACUUUUAUCUCUGGUGCCUAAACUCCCUUCGACUCCCCCUCCGCUGUACAUAGCCGGUCACUUCCAUCUACAGUACUUGCUUGAAUUGUUGACUCCUCCCUAUCAAAUACUUAGCUCUACAUUCUUGAGCUCAACUAUUUGCCCAGACCAUUAUAUUUGUUCCCCUCAACCAAACCCGCACAUAUCAACGAGCUCAACUCUUCCUCAUUCUACCUCCCAUCACAUCUCCAAUGGCAGCUCCUCGUUCCAGUUCGUUGCGCGCUCUCCGCGUGCUCUCCCAGCAGCACUCUACCACCCCAUCCAUCCGUCGGGGCUUGCACAUCACCGGCUCCCAGUCUGCACAACCCGCCAAUGUCUCGGACAGGGCUUCCCUGUAUGCCAGCCGCACUCUGGCUGAUUUGAAGACCGAAUGUGUGAAGCGGUCCUUGAGAUCUAGCGGCUCCCAGUCUGAGCUCGUCGAACGCCUCUCCAACCAUGAUUUCCUUCAAUCCCGUGCCUUCAGCAUCGCCAUGAAGAGGAUCAACGGCAGCUCUAACGCUGAAAAGUACCAUGGCCGCCAAUUCAACACUUCCCGUUCUAGCAAGGCCGUCGGUGACUCAUCUACCGUUGACUUCGCUUACAUGCCUUCUAUGGCAGAGAUCGAUGCACCUGCUGCUCGUGCCGAUCCGCAAAUCCCGAUCCUUUCCGACAUCUAUACCCACUAUGACCCGACCCAGUCGCAAGAGGCCCCCAUGAGGCCCCAGGUUUACACCGUGUCCGGGGGUGCUGGUGACAUCUCCGCAAGUCCCAUGACCGAGGUUGUUGACAACCACUCCGUGGACAUUGAUCCCUUCUCCCUAACCGAGACGGUUGGGAAGUCCAGAUUCGGCGAGGAGCUGAAAAAGCAACAGAACGGUACCUCCGAGCCAGGUGUCGUCAGGGAACUUUGGAGUGGUUUCUUGGAGGAUCUUUUAGGUUCCAAACAGCAGCAAGCUCAGAAACAUUGAUGCUGCUUUCAUGUUUGAUUAUGUCUUCUGUCUCGUUUCUAGCGAUGUGUGAUGGUUACUCUUUCAAGGGCCCUUAUUGCCGUCCUUUUGUCAAUGUCUUUCGGGAUUGAAACAUAGUUAUGAUCCUCUGUCGAAGGAUCCUAUCAAAUCCAUUCUGGUUCUUCC